UUGGCGUAACUGAAAUGAUGUGAUUGCCUUGUAAAGAAUUGUUUGCGUAACUUUUUUCUUUUUAUUUGUUAUAAAAUUACUUCAAACAGGCUUUUGAUGCAUAUAUAAUUGUGGUUUUUCUAGUUUUUAUUUCAAAUUUUUUGAAUAUUUAUUUGUUCAACAUGGCUGCAAGAAAUUCACCAUACUCGUACAAACUCCAGACUCUAGUCACUCUGCUUUGCCGGUACAAGGUUAUAUCAGGCGGUUCAUGGCGGAGCCACCAGAUCCACCACCGCGAUCUGCCGCCAUCGUAUAGGAUGGGAUGCGGCGGCGGUUCGGUUGAUCAAGGGCUAAGGUCUCUAAGUGUCACCUCCAGAAAAUAUAGCCAACCCAAGUUGGGAAUGGAAAGGGGUCAAAUUGAAGAGGUACAAGUACAACCAGCAUUAACAUCUCCUCUCAAGUUUGACUUCUCCAAUUGGGUGAAAUGGUUUCUAGGAUCUAUGCUAUCUUUUCUGCUACCAUUUUGGAAGAACAAAUGGGACAACUUGCUAACUUUUGAAGGGAAGGCUGAAAGAGUGGUGGAAGAGGUGGAAGCCGCGGCGCAAGUGGUGGAGAAGGUGGCGACCACCGCGGAUAAUGCACUGAUGGAGGUGGCGAAUCAAUUUCCCGAUGGCAGUAAACUAAAAGAAGCAGCUCAAUUAAUGGAACAUGCAUCUGCUGUAGCUGCUCAAGAUGCUCAAUUAAUUGAAAACAUAAUCCACAAGGCUGGUGAUGUUAAGCAAGAUUUGCAGGAACUAGAAACCAUGGUUGAGCCAAUUGUUGACAAAAUCAUACGAGGAAAUAAAAUCCCCAGCAAAUUAGUAUAAAUAACAAAAUUAAUUAUAUAAUAUAUAUUUAUAUAUCUAUCAUAAA